AGGAUAAUAGAUUGCGCGAUCAAAUUCACUAAGUACAAUCGAACCCUUAACUUUCAGAGAGCGGAUCUCGAGAGCUCGAGGAAUGCAGCGGGAGAAGAAAAACAGAUAAGGGCGUUCAGGCUUUCGUCAGCCCUAGCGCUGACAGACUCGGCAGCUCCGCUGAGGUUCCCGAGGAACUUCAGGCGAUGAAGAUGCGGCUCAGCGAAGUCCAGGAUGAGCUAAGCCAGAAGCAAGACGAGAUUGUCAAGUUACGCACAGAGGCUUCCAACCAGAUCAGGAAUAUCGAGUUGUACUGGCAGGAACGACUCACCAAGGAGAUGAAGGAACUUUGUUACAUCAAAGAACAAGAAGUCGAAUCUCUUCGGGAUGAGUUCAACAAACAAGUCAAACAACUGACCGACAAGAUAAACUCUCUACAGACAAUCAUGAAGCUGACCGGUCAGGAUCAACCCGUGGCAGUGCCGAUCGUCGAAGAACCAUCGACAUCGGAAGAGCAGGAUCCGGAAGACGUUGAGGAGGACACCGACGACGACGUCGAGUCCAUCGAGGAGAUCGACGGUGGCCAGAGUGACGAAGAAUUUGAGGAGAUCAUCGAAGAAAUUAUCGAGUUGAGUCCCUGCGCGCAGAGAGCUGCCGCUCUCAAGCACAACCCGCUCGUGAAAUCUCCGUCAGCGUCCCUCGAAGCCGGCGCAUCCCGAACAACGUUCCCGGGAUCGCUCCUUAAAAAAUCCAGCUCGAGCGGAGACUGCCGGCCGUCCUCGAAGGGUAAACGGGUCUCGUUCGCGGAAGAUCGAGGCGAUCUCCCGAUGCUCCUGAGGUACAACCCCGAUGUCAGCUGCAUGGAUAUCCUCCGACCACUUGAAGAACAGUUUAUGUCAAAGAAAAAACGAAGCUCGAUCAUCAGGCAAUCGGUGAAACGAUCCCAAACCAAAGAUGAACCGAGAGACAGUCAGCAAACCCAAUUCUGA